GUCCCGCCCUCGCCCGCAAACCCAAACACUCCGGCUCCUGCAGCGCGGGCCGCGCGUGAUCGUCCCGCCGCCGCCGCCGGCGCCGCCGCUGCCGCGCGCCCGGGCGCCCCAGCCUGCGCCUCUCCUCUCCGCCCGCCGCCGCCCGCGGCCCGGCCGAGCGAUGCUGCUGCUGGCCGCCGCCUUCCUUGUGGCCUUCGUGCUGCUGCUCUACAUGGUGUCUCCGCUCAUCAGCCCCAAGCCCCUCGCCCUGCCCGGGGCGCAUGUGGUGGUGACAGGAGGUUCCAGUGGCAUUGGGAAGUGCAUUGCUAUUGAGUGCUAUAAACAAGGAGCAUUUAUAACGCUGGUGGCACGAAAUGAGGACAGGCUGCUGCAGGCGAAGAAAGAAAUUGAAAAGCACUCUGUCAAUGACAAACAGGUGGUGCUUUGUAUCUCAGUUGAUGUAUCUCAAGACUACAACCAAGUAGAGAAUGUAAUAAAACAAGCUCAGGAGAAACUGGGUCCAGUGGACAUGCUUGUAAACUGCGCCGGAAUGUCACUGUCUGGGAAAUUUGAAGAUCUCGAAGUUAGUACUUUUGAAAGAUUAAUGAGCGUCAAUUACCUGGGCAGCGUGUACCCUAGCCGAGCAGUAAUCACCACCAUGAAGGAGCGCCGCGUGGGCAGGAUCGUGUUUGUGUCUUCCCAGGCAGGACAGUUGGGGUUGUUUGGUUUCACGGCCUACUCUUCAUCCAAGUUUGCCAUCCGGGGAUUGGCAGAAGCUCUGCAGAUGGAGGUGAAGCCAUACAACGUGUACGUCACAGUGGCCUACCCACCCGACACCGACACCCCUGGCUUUGCCGAGGAAAACAAAACGAAGCCUUUGGAGACUCGACUCAUUUCAGAGACCACAUCUGUUUGCAAGCCAGAACAGGUGGCCAAACAAAUUGUUAAAGAUGCCAUACAAGGAAAUUUUAAUAGUUCCAUUGGCUCAGACGGGUACAUGCUCUCAGCCCUGACCUGUGGAAUGGCUCCAGUAACUUCGAUCACUGAAGGACUCCAACAGGUGGUCACCAUGGGCCUCUUCCGCACAAUCGCUCUGUUUUACCUGGGAAGUUUCGAUAGCAUAGUUCGCCGCUGCAUGAUGCAAAGAGCAAAAUCUGAAAUCGCAGACAAAACUGCCUGAUUCUUGGGAAAAGACUGUUUCCAAAUGAUUUGGACAGCUUGCUGCUACAUGGGACCCACCUUUUGGCCUGCAGACACUAUGCCUCGUCUUCGAAUAUGCGGUUGGACCAGUGCUCUUCAGAAGCAAGAGGAAAGAAGUGCCUUUCCAACAUCGGCACACUAUGCAAACACGAACCAGGAGCGUGGCUUCUAGCCUCAGAGGUGGAGUGGUGGUAGUGUGAGAACGAGCAACACGUAGCAGGGUAAAGAACGGAUGUGGAUGAUAAUUUAAAUUGUUUCUAUUUAUUCUCCCCCCCCCAUGGAGAUCAAGUCUAGAAAUGUACUUUAUGGCACAUAAGAGUAUGUCUUGAGGGCUUUUUAAAACUUUCCGUGAAAGGCAGUUUAUGGAUUUCUGGGGCUUUUUUUUUUUCCCACUUUCUUGCUAAGUUGGUGUAUCUUACUCGAGAUGAGUUGUACGCAUUGCCAGUGAGUCUGAGUGCAUUGGGUGUGAGUGUCGCAGACACCUCUGUGCUGGGCCGGGGGCUGCUGCUGGUGGGUGCUCUCUCCCUCUGAUCCCAUGGAGCUAUGGGGGAUGGGAGAGGGCAAUACAGCCAGAGGUAAGGGUAUCGGUCUUUUCCAGGCUUCUUUAGACCCUAAUGCUUAGGAACUUUUCGUAUUUUAUUCAUGGGGUAAGGCAGCUUCCUUAAAUGUUUUCUGAAGAUAAACAAAACCUUAGAAGCUUAAAAGUUUACAGUUUCUUCAGUAGCCAUGGUGACCUGAGUUCCCCUCGUCCAUUCUAUUUUAGUGUCUGCUCUUCCAUCUCUCCCUUUCAAGCUUUGCUUAUACUCCUGUAAUAUUUUUGGGGGAAAGAAAAAAAAAAAAAAAACAGCUAAGAUUUUUUGACUUUUCAAAUUAAUUCAU